AUGGGGAAGGUAAAACAAUCCACAAGUGCGCGUUUGAGAAACUAUGUGUCUGAAUUUGGAUCUGAAAUAUUAUCUACUGAUAGGUUUGUAUUAUUUUGCAAAGUUUGUGAAUUAAAGAUUAAUUUAGAAAAAAAGUUUAACGUAAGCCAACAAAUUCGAACUGAAAAACACGUAAAAAGUUCCAAAAGCCAAAAAGAUCAAGUUCAAAGGAAAUCACAACAACUGUUAACCAAUCAACCUACCAAAUCAGAUUUUAAUAAGGAUUUAUGCGAAGCAAUGGUGGCCCCAAGCAUACCGUUUAAUAAACUUUAA